AUGAUGCCCAAUCCAAACAAAAUCCUACAACGGCAACCAACUUACAUCUUUAUUUACUCAUAUGCUUCCUCCGACUGGAAAAGUUCCCUGAUCACCACUGUGUCUGGAGUGAGGGCCGCAAGAGAUGCGGGCAUUGCGGAGAAAGUCACCACCGCUGCAUUCCGGUUACUUCCCGAGGAGUUCCAAGAUGAGGCCGAGAAGGUCAUGCUCGGACCGGCCAGUGAGCUUUCCAGCUGUGUUCGUGCCAUCCGCUGGAAGAUUAGUAACCGCACCCGAAGAAUCAACAGGGAGAGGGCAUUAGAGGCGGGUGCUGCCACUCCUACUACAGAGACCGAAACCGAGAGUGACGACGAGGACAAUGACGAGGACGAGCGCAAUGACCCGGAUUUUGCAGUCGACGAGUAUCUUUACAGCUCCGAUGAGACGUAUGAGAACUCUGAGGUGGACGCCGCUUCAGAGGAACAACUUCACAGUUCCCUUACUUCAGUUGCAGAGUAUGAAGAUAGUGAGAUAGAUGUUGCAGCCGAGGAGCAGCUUCAAAUAUCUCUUUCUGAAGAAGCCUAA